UCCUCUCUCUUCCUUCUAACACAUGUCUCUCUUCUCUUCCCCACCGAAAAUUCCUCCCAAUCAGUGCAAACUGCUCACUCGCUUCACUCUCCACCUCCCUCUUGUCAACACGAUAUCCCAGCGGAGGCAUCAAGCCCCCGCCACCGCAACGCCGUCCGUCUUCUCCUUCUCAUCCAUCGAGGUCUGUACCACCGCACAGAUCGAUAAAACGGCGGCAUAGGAGCGCUGUUCGGUCUGAAGUUUUUACGGACGUCGCCGCCCUUACGAGUCUUCAGUCCUCGCCACAUCUAGAAGAACUCGCACGCAACAGGCCUUCUGAAGGUCCAACACCAGCUACCGGCUGAGAGGCUGCUACCGUGCGGCACCGAGUAUGGCCGAGGUUGUGACCGGAGCAAUGAGCACCCUCCUUCCUAAGCUAGCCGACUUAAUCACGGAGGAGUACAACCUUCACAAGGGUAUCAGGGGCGAGGUCAUGUUCCUCAAAGCUGAGAUGGAAAGCAUGGAGACAGCUCUCCUGAAAGUUUCCGAGGCACCAAUCGACCAGCCACCGGACAUCCAAAUCAAGCUUUGGGCCAAGGCUGUGAGGGACCUGUCAUAUGACCUUGAAGACAGCAUCGACAGAUUCAUGGUGCGCAUCGAAACCCAUGGACAAGACAAGUCCCAUAGCUUCAGGAACUUCAUUGAUAAGAGCAUCAGCUUGCUGACCAAAGGCAAGAUUCGUCAUAAGAUCGCCAUUGAUAUCAAAGACAUCAAGAGCCGCAUCAAGGAGGUCAGCAAGCGGCGUGAUAGGUACAAGGUUGACAAUGUGGCCGCUGCCAAGUCAACUGAUCCAAGUGUUGAUACCCUUCGUUUGUCAGCCUUGUAUACAAAGGCCAGUGAGCUUGUCGGCACUGACGAGAAGAGCCUUGAGGUAGUCAAAAUGUUGACGGAGGGAGAUGAGGCUUCCAAGAAACAGCUGAAGGUGGUAUCCAUUGUUGGCUUAGGUGGAUUAGGCAAGACAACACUUGCCAAUGCAGUGUAUGAGAAGCUUAAAGCGCAAUUUGAUAUUCAAAAACAAAAACCGCAAUUCGAUUGUACGGCUUUUGUUUCCGUGUCUCUUAAUCCUAGCAUGGAGAAGAUUUUCAAGAGCUUGCUCCAUCAACUUACCAACCUGAAGUACGAGAAUAUUGAGGCAACAUGGGGUGAAGCGCAACUCAUUAGCGAGAUAAGAACAUUCCUUGGAAACAAGAGGUACUUGAUUGUUAUUGAUGACAUAUGGGAUAAAUAUGUCUGGGAAGGCAUCAAAUGUGCUUUUAGAGAGAAUGGGCAUGGAAGCAGAGUAAUAAUAACAACCCGUAUUCUUGAUGUUGCGCAUCAAGCUGGUGGCGUUUAUCGGCUACAGCCACUUUCUGUUGUUGACUCGAGGAAGUUGUUCCACCGAAGAAUAUAUGAGACCGACAACAAAUCACCACCUAAUCAUUUGGUUGAAGUAUCUGAGAAUGUUUUAGAAAGAUGUGGUGGAGUGCCUUUAGCUAUCAUUACAAUUGGUAGCCUGCUGUCCAGUAAAAAGGGAAGAGCACAUACACAUGAGUAUUGGUCCAAGGUGUACAAAUCUAUGGGUUCUGGACUAGAUAAUAGUCAUGAUGAUGUUAAGAACAUGAGAAGGAUAUUAUCCGUCAGUUACUCUGACCUACCUCCACACCUAAAAACUUGUUUACUGCAUCUCAGUCUGUAUACAGAGGAUUAUGAGAUUGAAACUGAGCCAUUGAUAUGGAAAUGGGUGGGUGAAGGUUUUCUAAAAGAAGAACGGGGGAUGAGCUUAUAUGAAGUAGGAGAGGAUUAUUUCAACCAGCUCAUUAAUAAAAGCUUGGUCCAACCAGUAAAAAUUGACAAUGUGAAUAAAGUGCGUUCUUGUCGCAUACACGAUAUGGUGCGUGACAUGAUCACUUCCUUGUCAAAUGAAGAGAAUUUCCUAACAACAAUUGGUGGUCCGCAGCCAGUGAGUCUACCAAGUAAGAUCCGCCGACUGUCUGUCCAGACAUGCAUUGAAGAUGUUGCUAAUCAGCUGCCACCCAUGGGAUUGACCCAUGUGAGGUCACUUACUGUGUCUAAUCCAGCUUUCAGUUUGUUGCCGGCAUUGUCGGGUUUUCCAGUCCUACGUGUGUUGGAUUUAACUGGCUGCUGGGAGGUGGAUAAUAAUCAUUGGAUGGAUAUAUGCAGUUUGUUUCACUUGAGAUAUUUGAGUUUAAAGGGUACCUCUAUCACUAAGAUCCCAAAAGGGAUUGGGAAUCUACAAUUCCUACAAGUGUUGGACAUCAGAUUCACUGGAAUAGUGGAAGAGCUUCCAUCAACCUUUAUUCACCUAACACAACUGCUGGUAGUCGACAUGCUUGAUAGCAUCCGUUGUGAUGUGCCAAGGUGGAUGUGCUCCAUGUCUUCCCUCUUCUCCCUAAGCAUCAGAAUGAAAACACUAGGAGAGGAGGACUUUCAAGUCCUCGGGAGCAUACCGUCUCUCAGGGAACUGCACAUACAAGUGAGGAAUUCUACACGAGGCAGACACAAAUGGUUCGUUGUUGGCAGUGGUUAUCCAUUUUGGUGUUUAACAAGGUUCAGUGUCGAGACUAACACCAUGCAGUUGAGGUUUGCACAAGGAGCCAUGCAAAGUCUGCACACCGUUGAGUUAUUUUUUCAUGAUGUGUUACUUCAAUUUGGCGAUUUCAUUUUGGGCUUAGAAAACCUCUCUUCACUUGAGAAUGUCAAUGUCAUGUUUUACAACGACGAUGACAACAAGACGAGAAAUGUGAGAAAUGCAAUAGAGAAAGAGAUCGAUAUGCAUCAAAACAUGCCCAAAUUGAUGUGGGAAAUCUGGGUAUGUUCUAACAAGACGAGAAAUGUGAGAAAUGCAAUAGAGAAAGAGAUCGAUAUGCAUCAAAACAUGCCCAAAUUGAUGUGGGAAAUCUGGGAAAGACGUCGUCAUCUUGAGCUUCGUCACCAGGCCCGGCGGACGUACUUGCAAUGUGUUAGCGACCAGGCUCGCCAGACUCUGGAGAACCUGCCGACUGAGCUGCUAGAUGAUGGUCUUGCUCGAGAGCUGCGAGAGAUGGUACAGGUUCAGAACCAAGUGCAGGAUCUUAGCGACGAUGAGUAGGAUGCAAACUUGGACACCUGAGCGUUGGCCUCGAUCGUGGAUUGAAUUGCUUGCAGUGAUUUGUAUUACUUUGAGAAACAUCGUGGACCAGUUACAACAUACAUUGGCUGAUGGUCUAGAUGGUGACACUGCAGCCUUGCAGGCACAGAUGGCCACCAUCAGGUUAAUUACAACUCUACCACCUGUGUGGAUAUAAUAACUGAAGAUGUACUAGAAUAGCAGCACACCAGCACCAUGCAUGCUCCAUUUGCGAUGGAUGUAAAAAAAAUGACUUGUUUUCCAAACCCUAUAUUUCUCUCAGAUUGAUAUUUUUACAGUGUGCAUUAAUUAGUUGAUGAACAUAUCAUGGCACAUACUCUUCGACAAUGGUGGUUAC